AAGCAUCAGUGUUUAAACCGCAUGUUGCUGUUGUAGCUGCUGGAAGUGGAGCUAGUUUCAACUACUGUACAGUCAGCUAGAAAGUUGUGUGAACAAAGUUUACUGUCAUAAAAGUCUAAAGAAACCAAGAAAUAUUCAUAUUUGAGAAGCUGGAACAAGAGAAUUCUUUAAAAAUUACUCAAAACAAUUAUCAAAAUAGUUCUAUAGGCCUAUAGGUUAAUAGGCAAUGAAUCAACUAAUUGUUGUAGCACCAAUAAAGAAACUAUUCCUGCAGGGUUUGUUAUCUAAAUGCUGAGGUCAUUGGAGGUGGUGGUUUGUCAUUAAUGAAUCAGCAAAUUAUCUUCCUGGCACGAUUGUGUGAGAUGUUGACGUGUCUGUUUGUGUAUGUGGAGCGGAAGAAAAGGUCAGAGGUAGUUUCUGACUUAUAGAACAGUACUUUGCUGCUCACAGAUUCAGUUUUUAAAACUGUUUUACAACAUGUUAUUUGUUAAAAAUGAUUUCUAUUGAUAUAUUUAUGUAAAUGUUAAUUCCCCAAAAGGAGACAACCAGGAGUAACAGAUGAUGGACCCUGAUGUGUCCGUGCUACUGGACGCUGCAGCCUGGAGGGGGCUGCUGCAGUCCCAAGUGCAGGUGGAGCUCUCUGAAAGAUAUAACAGGCAGACAGAAGUGGCUCUUGAACGUCACAUAGAGGAGAUGUGGACAGAGCGGGUGUCAAAGGAGUCGUGGCUUUUCAACGGGGCCAAAUUCAGGCUGCACUCUUUCCAAUUGGCCUCUCCUACGAGUCCCUCCUCAUCCUCAGUUUCUCCUCAACACUCACGCUGCACUCUUUUGUCCCACGCUCCUGUCUCGGACGGUGCAGAGGAGCAGGAGAGCAAGUUAGACAACAGACAAAGAGUAACUGCUCCGAACAAGUCUGUGAAUCAGACAGAAAAUGUUGAUGGUGUCACCCAACAAACCGCCAGCACACCAAGACAAGCGUCCUCCACGUGUGACUGCAGAGCAUCUAAAGAUAAAAACACAGACGACCAGGAGGCCACGGCGCUCCUCACUCUGAGACUCGGUCUUACCUGCUACAAAGACUACCUGGGAACCAACUGGUCCUGCCGAGUGGCAGAGCUCCGUCGGCGCGGCGAGGAGGAGUUUGGCGAUCCUCUGGCGCUGCUGGCUCAGCCUCUGGGUGUGGGCGGCGUCCUGUGUACAGGUGACGGACAGGUGGUGUUGAUCAGGAGGAGUCAGAAGGUGGCAGAGGCAGGCGGGCUGCUAGACAUCCCCGGAGGUCACCCAGAGCCAAAGGUGGUGUGUGAGCGUCUGGGUCAGGCGGUGAGCGAGGAGCAGGUCAGUGUGGCGGCGCUGCAGCAGAGGCCGGACGCUGUAGUCGCUGAGCUCUUCUCGUCUGUGUGCGCCGAGAUUAGAGAUGAGGUGAAUGUUCCUCUGAGUUUCCUCGGAGAGCCCAUCCUGAUGGGCGUCGCUCUGAAUCACACCAGCGCCGGCAGACCGAGUGCUGAGUUCUACGUCAGCUGCUCACUGACAUCGGAUGAAGUUAAAAAGUUGUACUGGGAAGGAGGAGCUGAGGCCCAAGAGUCAACAGAUAUCGUCUUCAUCAGCAGGACGGAGUUGCUGCAGCUGGACAGAAGCAGCACUCUGUGGUCGGAGCUGUGUCCUUCAGCCAAAGGAGCCGUGCUGCUGUAUCAGUCGGUGAAGCCUGACGCAGAACGAAACCCGAGCAAACGAUCCGACGCUUAGCAGAGCACAGCGGAAAAUGGAUCCAGAUGAUC